AUAUAUACAUAACUUCAUCCCUCCUCAAAUAAAAAACUACACUAUUUCAUAUAUAGGGCAAGAAAUUGGUAUACUAUUAUAAUUGAGUGUUGAUAUAUAAUAUGAAUUUGAUAAAGGUUGGCCCUGCAGGCAGGCCAUAUGGAAGUGUUUGGGAAGAAAAGGAAAAAGGUGAAUUAGCAAAGAUUUUUGUGUUCUAUGAUGAUACCAAAAUUUAUUCACUUCAAUUUCUCUUCAUUCAGAAUGAUAACUUUGUUUUGUCUGAUAUACAUGGUUCACCUCUACAAAGAAUGUUCACUUCUGUUGUGUUGGAUUAUACAUCAGAAUUUCUUACUCUUGUAAGUGGCACAUGUGAUGAUGAAUCAUUUGGUUUGACAUCAAUAACAUUUGGUACUAAUAAAGGUACCUAUGGACCAUAUGGGAGCAAAAAAAACUCACCAUAUGAAAAAGAGAUCAAAUUGGAAAUUGGAAAGGAUCGUUCUUUUGGUGGAUUUCAUGGCACUAAAACUGAUAAUUGCAUUGAGAGUAUUGGGGUUUAUUUGAAGACUGUCACAUCUUCCAUGAUCAUACCUAGACGUUCUCAAUCAGUUGGUUAUACUGCUUGGUAAAAGGGAUGGAAAUUAAAUCACUAUAUAUAUAUACAUAUAUGUUGUUGUUAUUAUGAUUAAGUACUUCCAAAUUUGGACUAGUAAGUACUAGUGUGCUUGUACUUCUAUCAUUUCGUGUUGAGCUUAAUGUUAUGUAUAAUUUAUUGCAGUCAUUUUAAUUAAUCCCUUAGUUAUUGGUA